CCUCUCCCUCUUUCUCUCUGAAGACCAUGAGCGCGUUUCUCCUCCUGAUCUUCGCGCACACAAUCUCUCCAAGAGCAAGGAAUAACGCGCGCACUCCGUUUCACAGGAGGUCCGUCUCCACGCGCUGGGAACAUCGCUUCGCGCACGUUCGGACUCUUUCAUUUGUGUCUGUUUAAUUCUCGGUUUUCUCUCUGUGAGGGUCGAAGGUGUUGGAGAUGAUGCGCGCCGCGUUUGGAUUAUUCGGCGUCUUUCUCAUCGUCUUUGUCCAGCAGCCACACUGCGCUCGUGCCAACAAAACCCCGCAAGAUGUGGACGAGUGCGCGGAGGCCUUGGACAGCUGCAGUAUUGAUGCCAUCUGUCAAAACACCCUGAGGUCAUACAAAUGCAUCUGCAAAUCAGGAUACAAGGGUGACGGCAAAUAUUGCGAAGAUAUCGAUGAGUGUGCCAGCGAAUAUAACGGCGGCUGCGUUCACGAGUGCAUCAACAUCCCUGGAAACUACAGAUGCACGUGCUACGAUGGCUUCCGACUGGCCCACGAUGGACACAACUGCCUGGAUGUGGACGAGUGCGGGGAGGGGAAUGGCGGCUGUCAGCAGAUCUGUGUGAACAUGAUGGGAAGUUAUGAAUGUCGGUGCAGAGACGGAUUCCUCCUAUCGGACAACCAGCACACCUGCAUCCAGAGGCCAAAAGUACGCUUCAAUGGAACUACAGAUGUGCCCACCUGCAUGGACAAAAACCACUGUGCUCACAUCUGCCGAGAAACACCCAAUGGAACCAUCGCCUGCGAGUGCCGGCCGGGAUUCCAGCUCACCAAAAACAACAGGGACUGUAAACUGACAUGUAACUAUGGUAACGGAGGAUGUCAGCACAUCUGCGAGGAGAUGGACCACGGGCCCAGAUGUUUGUGUCACAUGAAGUUUGCUCUACACUCUGAUGGGAAGACCUGUGUAGAAGAAAGGAGUGUCCAACCGCAGCCCCUGCAGCCACAGCUGUUACCCAAUGAGACGUGUGCGGUGAAUAACGGCGGAUGUGACAGCACGUGUCAUGAUGCUGUCACUGGUGUGCGGUGCAGCUGCCCGGUGGGCUUCACACUACAGCCAGACCGCAAGACCUGUAAAGACAUUGAUGAAUGCCGUAUGAACAAUGGGGGGUGUGACCAUGUGUGCAGAAACACAGUGGGUAGCUUCGAGUGCAGCUGCAAGAAAGGAUACAAACUUUUGACCAAUGAGAGGACUUGUCAAGAUAUCGACGAGUGCUCGUUCGACCGGGCGUGCGACCACACCUGCGUGAACUCACCCGGAAGUUUCCAGUGCUACUGUCACAAAGGUCACGUCCUCUACGGCGUGGCUCAUUGUGGAGAUAUCGAUGAGUGCAGCAUCAACCGAGGCGGAUGCAAAUUUGGAUGUUUGAACACGUUGGGCAGUUACGAGUGCACGUGUCCUCCAGGAUACAAACUGCACUGGAAUAAGAAAGACUGCGUCGAGGUGGUGAAGUGUCCGUCCAGUCUUCUGUCCUCUAAAGCCACGCUCACCUGCAGUAAGACGGGAAAGAAAGAGAGCUGCUCCCUCACCUGUGCAUCCAAAGCACAUUACCUGGCAGAGUCGGACAGCAGUUAUUCUGUGAGUUGUGGAAUACCCGUUCUGCGGGGUAAAUCACAGGGCCGCUUCAACACAAGCACCGCUCAGAGCUGCGUAGAGACUCAGGCUCCUCCCGUGAAACAGACGGCGUCCUUCCGGAUCAAGAAUGCCAAAUGUCACCUGCACCCGAAGCACAAGGGGAGGGCGGAGGACAACGGCAGACAGAUCGGGCCAGGCGGUCAGCCGUGCGUCAACUGCCUGGUCACGUUUGUUAACCUGAAGUGCGACUCUUCCAAGAAGACCAAAGGUCGGCGAGCGCGUAACCCGUCGAGCAAAGAGAUCACACGGAUCACCCUGGAGCUGGAGGCCGAAGUGAAGCCGGGAGACGCCACGGGGAACUGUAAUAUGAUGUGUCAAAGACAGCGGAUGGAACAGCAGAUGAAGUCGUACAUCAAAGCACUGAAGAAGUCUAUUAACCAGGAGCGUUUUCUCAUCCGGGUGGCGGGGUUGGAGUACGAGGUGGCGCAGAAGCUCUCUCAGCCCGCCGCCAAGCAGGAGAACUGCGGACCGGGUCGAGAGAAGGACAGCGGCCGCUGUGUCAGAUGUUUGCCUGGGUCAUACUACCACGGUGAACAGGAGCGAUGCGUUCAGUGCCCACCCGGAACUUUCCAAGAGCGUGAUGGUCAGCUGGCCUGUGACCUUUGCCCUGGAGGAGACCGGCACGGUCCAGCAGGAGCUCGUAACAUCACGUCGUGUGCAGGUCAGUGUCCUCCUGGAUAUUUCUCCAGCGAUGGCUUUAAGCCCUGUCAGUUAUGCCCGCUGGGCACGUACCAGCCUGACCCCGGACGAACUCUCUGCUUCCCGUGUGGAGGAGGACUCGGUACCAAACGAGAGGGUGCCAUCUCCUUCAAUGACUGUGAGGUCAAAGUGUUGUGUUCUCCAGGUCAUUAUUAUAACACUUCAGUUCAUCGUUGUAUCCGCUGUCCUCGUGGAACGUAUCAGGCCGAGUUCAGACAGAACUACUGUAUCUCCUGUCCUGGAAACACAACCACAGACUUCGACGGGGCCAUCAGCGUCUCCCAAUGCAAGAAUCGGGAGUGCGGUGGUGAAAUCGGCGAGUUCAUCGGAUACAUCGAGUCUCCCAACUAUCCUGGAAACUACCCGGCCAACGUGGAGUGCAACUGGACCAUAAGCCCUCCGCACAAACGCAAGAUUCUAAUCGUGGUUCCUGAAAUCUUCCUGCCGUCCGAGGACGAGUGUGGAGAUGUUUUAGUCAUGAGGAAGAACUGGUCGGCGACCUCCAUCACCACGUAUGAGACGUGUCAAACGUACGAGAGGCCCAUCGCGUUCACGGCUCGCUCGCGUCGUCUCUGGAUUAACUUUAAAACGAAUGAUGUCAACAGCGCUCGAGGGUUCCAGAUUCCAUACGUCACGUAUGACGAGGAUUACGAGCAGCUCGUUGAAGAUAUCGUUAGAGACGGACGACUUUAUGCUUCUGAAAACCAUCAAGAAAUACUUAAGGAUAAAAAACUCAUUAAAACUCUCUUUGAUGUGCUGGCUCACCCAAACAACUACUACAAGUACUCCCCUCGAGACUCCACGGAGAUGCUGCCGCGCUCCUUCAUACGCCUCAUCCACAGCAAAGUCUCCGCCUUCCUGCGUCCGUACAAAUAGUCCAAAAGCUCCGCCCACCCCCUCCGAUCACCUGACCGCAACUCGACAGGAUCUUACACACACACACACACACACACACACCGCCACACCCAAUGACAUCACACUAUGCAGAUAUCAAACGUUUCGCUUCACUUUACCUUAUUUCUUACGUGUUCUUACGGGAAACAUCUUACGUGUAGUCUGUAAAAAUGUAUUGCAAAAAGACUGCGGUCACACUCCGUGCUGUCUCGAUGUUUUUGUUGGAUUGUAUGAAUGUCCGGUUCAGAACCCCGUGCGAGUUUAAACUCACGUCACAGAAACGAUGCGUUCAGACGGAAGAAAGUUGUAGCAUGUCAAAGAAAUAUUUUACGUAGCAAGCGGUGACCGUGCUUUCAAAACGAGCUUUUCCAGCUCAUCCGAAUAAAUGUACAAUCUUUUGCAUAUCUGUAGUUUUAACGUGCUCUUGAUUCAUAUCAAGCAUUUCACAUUUAUAUUUGAGCUCCUAGAGCAUUCAUGUAAUCUCCAAAGGUCACGCUGUUAAAACAGUAACGUUCUGUCUGUUCAGAUUGUAUUAUUUUCAGCCGCAUAUUCGUCCUAAUAUUCGCGUUAAUUUAACAAGAAAGAUGUGUGUUAUUGAAAAGGCUCGGGUGAUGAAAAGGUCGCUUGGUGUGUAAAGCAUUGGACACUCGGUUCUGUGCGAGACAGAAAUUGUUUUGGUUUUUUUUCUUUUGCAGGACAUGCAAUUGCUGCUUGAUUUAAAUCGUCACUUUAAACCUUCUGUUUGAAUGAUAUUCCGAAAUUUUCCCCCGCAGAGAAGAGCAGUUAGGGGCCGAACCCUUUCAACGUGAACCACUGAUCAAUACAAACCUGAGGUUAACACGGAUGGGAGUCAUGAAACAGUAUCAGUACACAUUUCAGUCCUGAAGUGGAUGAAGCGGCAGUGUUUUGAGUUUGAUUUGCACAUAACUUUAACCAUCCGAAGCAAAGCGGCGUUCGGUUAACAGGUGAUGGGUUUCACCGGACCGCAGUGAUGUUUGCUUUUAAGUGCCUGAAGUACAAAAUCGUCAGGAGAAAGCCUGUGGAUGUGGACAUUUGAGAAGUUUGGGUAAAUUGUUCCUUAAACAUUUAGGCUAUUAGGAAAAAGUUAACUUUGGAUCGGUCAGUUCAAACCCUAUUCUAAGUGUAACCGAAGACAGAAAAGGAAACAUCACAACGGUUGUUUGUCAUCUCUCUCUCUUUUGUUUAUUGUAAAUAUAAAAUAAACUAAUUGGAAUCUAAGUGAUAUGUUCAAAGUUCUUCGACCUUGUAUUUAGUUUGCUAUGUGUUGUCCGCCCUGCCAAAUGUCGACACAAUUCUAUCUAUAAAAAACCAUCUGAGAGGAUGUGAACGUUUUAAGACCUGAAAAUGCUCCGCAUGAGAAUUUUACGGUGUCGAUCAAAAUGCUCCAGAUGUGGUCAAGUGUGUUUAUUUGACAGACCUCUCUUUCCAAAGAUGGUAAAAGCAGACAAAGAGGUCCCAGUCUGUUAAAGUGCAGUGACUUCCAAAAAAAAACUCAAAAGAGAGAUUCCCAAAUUCUAAAAUAAAAAGAAUGAUGUCCUGUGUUUAAAAAUAAUGUUUUAAUGGAACAGUGAUCGACGUUUUUGGCAUUUUGUACAUUUGACACCGGUCACUAAUAUAAAUGUUUAACUGUUUAAAUGUAAUAGUGUAGAAAGAAAGAUGAAAAACCGAAAUCAAAGCAAACUUAAGUCAGGAACGGGCUGGACAGAACGGUCAAACUCAAGUUUCUCCCUCAAUGUAAACAUUCUGCAGCACUACGGGAUUGAAAUCUCUGUAUUGGUCAUAAUAUGUGAAAUAGCCACGACUGUCAUGAAAUAAAAGGUUUGUGGCAAAGUAGUCAAUGUUUGCUUCUUUUGAAUGUUCACUAAAGAAAUGUCAUUAGCAGUCUGUGACUGCGGCUUUAUUUUUAUAAUUUCCCCUCGUCUUUGCUCUACCAAACCCAUUUCAAACAACUUUAAAUGUAUCGCAUUUCUGUUAUUUUUCUUUGUUUUUGUUUCAUUGUGUUCUUCGUUUUCUUUUCUUUUUCAUCUAAAUAUAUAUAUAUAUUUUUUUUUUUUUUUUUUUUUUUUUUUU